UUCUGGGCCGGUCGGGGAGCCGUGCUUCCUUUUUGUCCGACAUCUUAGCGAGGCUGCAGGGGUGGACGCUGCUCUCCCGGCUUCGCUAUGCCGCCCAAGGAUGACAAGAAGAAGAAAGAUGCCGGAAAAUCGUCCAAGAAAGACAAAGACCCAGUGAACAAAUCUGGGGGCAAGGCGAAAAAGAAGAAGUGGUCCAAAGGCAAAGUUCGGGACAAGCUCAAUAAUCUGGUCUUGUUUGACAAAGCGACAUAUGACAAACUCUGUAAGGAAGUUCCCAACUAUAAGCUUAUAACUCCAGCUGUUGUCUCUGAGAGACUGAAGAUUCGAGGUUCCCUGGCCAGGGCAGCCCUUCAGGAGCUCCUUAGUAAAGGACUUAUUAAACUGGUUUCAAAGCACAGAGCUCAAGUAAUUUACACCAGAAACACCAAGGGUGGAGAUGCCCCAGCUGCUGGUGAAGAUGCAUGAACAAGAUCCCACCAACUGUACAUUUUGGAAAAUAAAACUUUAUUAAAUCAAAAAAAAAA